GAGACACUUGGUCGUAACCUCUCCUGAACAGAGCCCACAGAGCGUCCAGCUUCCCCUGGAAGAAAACAAGAAGAUCUCCAGGAGCACUUUUCACUGGCGGACAAGACAAGCUCAAAUCACUCUAGAAAUCUGAAUGACAGCAACGAGACAGAUGAUGACUGGAAGGUGUCUGAGGCCGCAGGCUGGAGUGUAUAAUUAUUUGCAGGACUGCAGGCGGCAGGGACAGGGAAUGCAGCCGGUGCCUCUGUCCUCUCCGAGCUCGGCCCGCCAGCAUCGCCACGUCCGCCACACGAGAAACUUCUGCUCUGGAUCUCCAGGAGCGAAGCUGGAAGCCCCUCAGAGAUGCUGUGAGGAUGUGGACGAGUAAUGAUUUGUGUCUAAAGAGGAAAACUGGUGAUGGACAAGACAGACGGAAACUGAGAUUGAGCUCCCUCAAACAGAUCAUUUAAGAUCAGACAAGUUGGUGCCAUCUCAGGAGAAAGAUCAUCAGCUUCCUGGAGGCCUGCUGGAGCAUGCAAGUCCAGACAGUCCAACAACACAGGCGAACCACUGGCUCGGCCAUGCGUGACUUCACCACACUCCUGAGGCGACUCCUAAACUUUUUGAAGCAAAAGGGUAAAGAUUGAAGAGCAGCUGACAGACGCCGCGUCUGAAAGAUCAUCAAAAGCAGAAUGUCACUCAACGCGUCCUCACAGCUCAUAGGUGGAGAGCCAAGUUUGACGAUGGAUCACAGUUUCCUGCCUCGGUCCAUCUGGACCAGUGACAGUAAAUUCCUCCAGCAUCCAGCGGAUCUCUACAGCAGCGUGAUCGUUACGCGCAGCAUCCCCGCGGGCACGUGCUUCGGUCCAUGUGUGCUCCAAAACACUUUCUAUGACACCAUCGCCUUCAUAGCGCAGAAAUCCUUUGACAGGAGAGCGAAACCUUACGUGUUCAGGGUGGACCCUGAGGCCAUGCGUAAUUCUGCGCUGGUGCUGUCCUGGCUACGGCUCGUACAGGCUGCGCGCAACGGAGAGGAGCAGAACACCGAGGCCUUUCUGAAAGCGGGUCAGCUGUACGUGCGGACCACCCGGGACAUCCGGCAGGAAGAGGAGCUGCUGGUGUGGUACGACCAGGAGCUGUCUCACCUCCUGGGCUUCACAGACAUGACCAGAGGAUCAGGGGAAGAGUACAAAUGUAGCAGAUGUAACCAGGUCUUCAAGAACGAGUAUCCCUUCUUGGCCCACUGUCGUUUCCUCUGCACCCAAGUAAAGAGUGACCCCUGGAACCGCGAGGUUUACGCGCAUAAGCACGUGGAAAUAAAGAGGCAACGCCGAGUGACAGAUUUCCACAACAUCGCCAGAGAUUUGGAACACAAAAAACCCAGCAGCAACGAGGACGCAGAGAUUUAUCCCAAGAGAAGGAAAUACGAGGACACGCUUUAUCCCAAAGGCCGGAAAACAGUUCUGUUAGAAAAGACAAAUAUUUCAAAUGAUGAUAACAUUACUCAGCUGGUUAAAGGUUACGACCAGGCAACAGGAGACGCGUCCUCCUCUGCGGGGAAACAGAAAGGAGAUAAGAUCAAACCGGAUCAUUUAGGAUGUAAGGUUGAUGAUGAUGAUGAUGAGGAUGAUGUUGACGUGGUGGGAGCCAAAGAGACCUUUACGCACGACAGAGAGAUGGCAGAGAGCGCUGAGGUGCACUCAAACAGCAGCAGUGCGUUUUCUCUGGUCCUGUCCCACAGCCAGGGCGAACAGAAAAGCGCUUUCUGCAAACCGAGCAAAAGAACUUCUCCCAUCAACCCCCAGGCGCAUCUCAGCAGCGCUGCAACAGCCCCCUCUAGCCGCCUAGAGGAGCGGCCCGACGCUUUCACCCCGAGGACCGUUUUGGGAUACAACAACCUGAUGGCGUCCAGCAUCCUGAGCGGGGACUUACAAAGUGGACCCUCCCCGGUGGCGCUGAACAACACUUUCCAUUACGCACCGGAGCACUGGUCCAGGAGCGUCGGCGCACAGCUGCAGACCGCGUCCUCCCUCACGAUCCUCCCGCCGACGUACACCUCAUUCGCCGUGUCGGUACAGAACUGGUGCGCCAAGUGCAACCUGUCCUUCCGCAUGACCUCCGACCUCGUCUUCCACAUGCGCUCCCACCACAAGAAGGAGUUCGCGGCGGAGUCCCAGGUGAGGAGGCGCAGGGAGGAGAAACUCACCUGCCCGAUCUGUCACGAAUACUUCCGGGAGCGCCACCACCUGUCCAGACACAUGACCUCACACAACUGAGACGAGAGGGGAUGGAAUAAGGAACUGUAUUUAUUUCCCAAAUAAUGCUCGUAUUUAACAUGUUUAUACCCCAGACUAGGUGUAUAACAGUGAAUGUAGGUAACUGUAAAGAAAAUAGCCAGACGGACAGACAUGGCCUCCACAGCCUGUCCACUAGAUGACGAUAGAGGUACGUGUUGCUCUCACUGCAGUGUUGUCUGUCCUUUAGCCCUGUUGAUUAGGUUGAUGGUUAUUUUUGUGCCUUAUGGAACUCAGGAGGGGAGGAAGACAGAGAACAGAUCAUGAUUGUCAUAAAUAUCCAGACGCAUGCCCUCUUAUUCAUCAGAUUUUCUCUGCUCUGAUUGGUACAGAACACAUGGAUUGGGUGUAUUUGCACAUUGGUUUUGAAAUCUAAAAUGAUGAAAAUCAAA